UUCAAUAUAAACUGGUAAGUUUAAAAUGGAUGCUGAACUUAAAGAAGCUCUAAAUUUAUACCAUACUCUAUCCCAAGAAUGGAAUAAAAAGCCUCCAAAUCUUGAAAAAUGUGGAAAUUUUUUGGAAAUUGGAGCUCAAUAUGCAAUUGCUUGUAAAGAUGUUGAAGCUUUUGAAAGAUACAUGUCCCAACUGAAAACAUAUUAUUUCGACUACAAGGACAACCUUCAAGAAUCUUCCUUUAUGCACGAACUAUUGGGCUUGAAUCUGUUGCGAUUGUUAGCUCAAAAUAAGUUGGCAGACUUUCAUACCGAAAUGGAAUUAUUACCAAUCAAAUUAUUAUAUACAAACAUUUACAUUCGGCAUCCAGUAUCGAUAGAACAAUAUUUAAUGGAGGGAGCUUACAAUAAGGUCUUUCUGGCUAAAGGCAACGUUCCAGCAGAAAGCUACAUCUUUUUCAUGAACAUCUUGCUUAACACAAUUCGAGAUGAGAUAGCUUCUUGUUUGGAAAAGGCCUAUAAUAAAAUUGACUUUAGCGAAGCAGCUCGUAUGCUCUUCUUUGAAAGUGAAAAGCCUAUGACCAACUAUGCUGAGAAAAAGCAAUGGAUUAGAGAGGGCAAAUGCUUUGUUUUUAAGAAAGAGGAAAAGAAGAUGGACGACGUUAUCGCUUCAACCGAAAUGGCUGAAAAAGCUAUUGCCUACGCUAGAGAAUUGGAAAUUAUUGUUUAA